AUGUUCUCUCAGAAGCUUGCUCAGCAAUCGCUGCGACGGCUUGCCGUCCAGCAGCCGCUCGCCAUGCAGUCGAUGAUGCGCGCCUCCCCGGCCGCCGUCACCCUCGGACAGAGCAUGCAGAAGAGGCCCGUCACCUCCAACGCUGAGGACCCCGCCCAGAUCCUGGUCAAGCAGCGUCUUAACCGCCCCGUCUCUCCUCACUUGGCCAUCUACCGUCCCCAGAUCGGCUGGAUCGGUUCCUCCCUCCACCGUAUCACCGGUGUCGCCCUCUCCGGCUCUCUCUACCUGUGGGCCACCGCAUACCUCGCCUCGCCCGCUCUCGGCUGGCACCUCGAGUCUGCCUCCAUGGUUGCUGCCAUGGGUGCUCUCCCCGUCGCCGCCAAGGUCAUCCUCAAGGCCACCAUGGCCCUCCCCUUCACCUACCACUCCUUCAACGGCCUCCGCCACUUGAUGUGGGAUCUGGGCCGUGGUCUGUCCAACAACGUUAUUAUCAAGUCUGGUUGGACCGUUAUCGGCCUGAGCGUCACCAGCGCUCUGGCUCUUGCUUUCUAUUAA